AGCUCCAGCAUCCUCACCAUUGUGUAAACAGAUGGUUCUGUCUUUCGACUUCUCGAGCUGCGCACCAUCAUGGCCGGACGGCCGUCUGCAGCAAUGAAUCUUUUGCUCCUAGUCUUUUUGGCUUCAGCUUUCGCACAAGAUGACGUUGACGAAGAGGCUGAUCUUGACUUUCUGGGCUGGUUUGCGAAGGGCGAGAUCGCGUACCUGGACAACCACUGGUCCGAGUGCGUCGAAGCCAUGCAAAAUUCGAUAGCGGACUUCAAACGUUACAAAUCGGAAGUGAUCCGGUGCAGAAUCGGAUGCAGGGACGAGGCGGAGGCUGCGCAGCCCCUUUCGCCUGUGGAUAUAGAGGACCUCGGCUUCUUUGAGCGCCAGCUCAGGGCCACCCUUUGCAUGCUCAAGUGCAAGGAACAGAAGAGAAUAAAGAGGGUGGGGGCGUACAGCAAGGAUAUUUUGAGCCGUUUUGAGCAGCUCCAACCCUAUGACUACAUCCAGCUUUGCUAUUUCCAGAGGAAUGAGCUGAAAAAGGCUGCCGACGCGGCAUUUACCUUCCUUGUGGCAAACCCCUCGCAUGAAAGCAUGAGCAGAAAUUUAAAAUUCUUCCUGGACCUGCCAGAAGUUGACAAUAAUGACGUCACUAAUCUUGAGGCAAAGAGAUACGUCUCACUUUACAUCCACGGUGUUGAUCUUUAUGGAAAAGAAAAUUAUGAAGCAGCUAUUCAACACAUGGAAGAGUCCCUUGCUGAUUAUUUGCAGAAUGAGAGGGAGUGCCGGGCGUACUGUGAGAAACCCUUUGAUCAGGGCUGGUACCCUGAGUUUGUUCCUUCCAUUGCAAAUCACUUUGCAUUUGUCCUGAAAUGCAAAUCAAAUUGUAGCUAUAACAUGAACAACCUGAACGGCGAAAAGUACGAAGAUCUUCUACCUAGUCAUUACCACUAUCUUCAAUAUUCUUAUUUUAAAGUUGAUAAGCUAAUGGAAGCAAUUGAAGCGGCUGUGAGUUACCUCCUCUUUUACCCAGAAGAUAAAGAUAUGCUGGACAAUAUCAAAUACUACAAGUCUCUUCCCAAUGCAAAUCCAGAACUUUUCAAGCCUAGAAAAGAGGCAGUUGAUUACAUCCAGCGUUACAAGUACGAGCAGAAGAUUCUUAACUUUAUCCAGAGCGAGUUCAAUUUUAAAAGUGUCAACAAGAAAGGCGAUGAUGAAGAAGUUGAAACCAAAGAUGGCCCUGCCAGUACUGACAAGAAUGAAAUUGAGAAUACUGAGAUCAUGAAGGAUUCCUGACUAUUAAGGUUGCGAGUAACUCGCAAACUCUAAUAAUUAGAACUUGCCACUUCACUGCCAGAGAUUCUAAACGCAAUAAAAUGUGAGCUAUAAAAUGACCAUAUUUUGGGUACUGUCAGUUAUAAUUGAAUAAAAUCACUAACUAAAUUAAUAAAUUAGUUUUUUUCUACCAUGAACAAUGUUAAAUAAUAAGGUCAGUUUUGAACUGUAGUGAAUUUAAUCUCAAAAGAAUGAUUUAAAAAUAAAAUCAUCGGCGUCGAUGCGGGCUUUUACUCUUUUUCCUCCUUUCUCUGCUCCUGUCUCUGCUUUUCUUCCUUUCCCUACUUCGGCUUCUUUUCCUCUCACGGCUCCGCUUCCGUUCCCUACUCCUGCUCCGCUUCUUGUGCUUGUGUUUUCUUCUUUCUGGACUCUCCUCUCUUUCCUCAUCCUGCUUAUUGGUCUCGACGCUCUUCUUCAAAUGAACUAACCCGUAAGUUUUCUCCGCAGAGCCAUUGGCACUUGCCACUUUGUCCAAACUACGCUGGACAAGAGCUGCAUUAUCAGAACCUGAAGAAUCAUGUUGUAAUUAAAUGGAAUAGAGAUUUACGCUGUUGGCGUUUAAUAAAUCAAA